AUGGAGAAUCCGACCAUCAAUUUCGACGACGAGAAUUCCGCCAUUGUUUCAGCACUCUGGUAUGUCAUUUCCGGCGGAAACGCCGCCUCUACAAGCAGUGGUGUGAUGGGAAAUUCUCGAAGUCAGCCGUCGCCGGUGGAGCAUGAACUCUGCGGCGAGUGUAGAUUGCCAAUCCCGGAACACUGUUUGGGGUGUCAAAUGUUCAUCGGCUGCAGUGGAGAAGAGACUGGAAAGAGAACUAAGAAGAUUUACAGAGGAGUUCGUCUCCGGCCGUCGAGGAAAUGGGCGGCGGAGAUAAUGGUUCCGGGGACGAAAGAGCGGAAGUGGUUGGGGACUUUUGAGACUGCAGAAGAGGCUGCCAGAGCUUACGACGUCGCCAACAUUCAGUAUAGAGGAAAGUCAGCCAAGACCAAUUUUCCGGUGGAGGAGUCCGACUAG